AUGGCACAAAGCAAGUAUGACCAGAAAGAAGGCGUUUUGAAGCAUCCUGCUGAUGGGGAAGCUUGGAAAGAUUUUGAUAAUCGGUAUCCAUCGUUUGCACAAGAUCCACGUAACGUUCGAAUUGGUUUGGCCACCGAUGGAUUUAAUCCUUUUGGAAACAUGAGCAACUCAUACAGCAUGUGGCCGGUGAUACUUAUACCUUAUAAUCUACCUCCUUGGAAAUGCAUGAAGGAGCCUUUUUUCAUGAUGUCAUUACUUAUUCCUGGCCCACAAGCACCUGGCAGAGAUAUUGAUGUAUAUUUGCGUCCUUUGAUUGAUGAACUGAAAGAAUUGUGGGAUACUGGUGUGGAAACUUAUGAUGCCUCAAGUGAAAAAAGUUUUCGUAUGCAUGCAGCUGUGUUGUGGACCAUUAAUGACUUUCCAGCAUAUGCCAAUUUGUCUGGAUGGAGUACAAAAGGGUAUUUAGCUUGUCCUGUUUGCAAUGAAGAUGCACCAUCAAUUAAAUUGAGGAGCAAGAUAUGUUAUAUGGGCCAUCGCCGAUACCUGUCCCCUGAUCAUAAGUGGAGACGGAGUAAUCUUCAUAAUGGAAAACACGAUUAUCGGUCUCCACCUAAGAAGUUUACAGGAGAUGAACUUUUGUCCCAGAUGAACAAUAUUAAAACCAAUCCGGGAAAGCAUCCAGAUAUAUAUGAUAAGAAUCGUAAGCGUUGUCCUGAUGAAUUGAACUGGGUAAAGAAGAGCAUAUUCUACGAGCUUCCAUAUUGGAAAGAUCAUUUAAUCAGACAUAAGCUUGAUGUGAUGCAUAUUGAGAAAAAUAUAUGUGAUAACAUUGUGGGAACAUUGAUGAACAUUGAAGGAAAAACAAAAGAUACAAUGAAAGCUCGUUUAGAUUUGGAAGACAUGAACAUAAAGAAAGAGCUGCAUCUUAAACGCGUGGGAAACAAAUUCAUAAAACGUCCUGCGUGUUAUACUCUGUCACCAGAUCAAAGGAGAGAUUUUUGUAAAUUCCUAAAAUCGGUGAAGUUUCCAGAUGGUUAUGCCGCUAACAUAUCAAGGAGUGUUAACGUUAAUGAAGGAAAGAUAUCCGGUCUCAAAAGUCAUGAUUGUCAUGUUUUAUUACAAAGGCUACUCCCUGUCGGGAUUCGACCUUACCUGAAAAAAGAUCUGUGCACUCCCUUGAUUGAGUUGUGCAAUUUCUUUCAUGAUUUGUGUGCAAAGACAUUGACUGUAGCUCACUUGGAUGAACUCGAAAAAGCAAUACCGUUGAUUUUGUGUAAGUUGGAAAGGAUUUAUCCACCUGCCUUUUUUGAUGUCAUGGUUCACCUAGCUGUUCACUUGCCACAGGAAGCAAAACUUGUUGGACCAGUAGGUUAUAGCUGGAUGUAUCCAAUUGAAAGGGCAUUGGGGACUCUUAAGUGUUACGUGAAAAAUAAAGCUCGUCCAGAGGGAUCAAUUGCAGAAGCUUACAUUGUUAACGAGUCUUUGACAUUUUGUUCAAUGCAUUUCCGUGGGACGGAAACAAAGUUUACUCGACCAGAAAGAAAUCCUGAUAGAUCAAACAAUAAUCAACGGAAAAGGGGAUCUAUAUCUGUCUUCGCUCACGAUAUUUGUCCUACUGGUGCUUAUGAUAUAAACGAAUUAUCAUUGCAAGAACGAGAUCAAAUGAUCUGGUUCGUUCUAAACAAUUGUGAUGAAGUGCAGCCUUACAUGCAAGAGCACCUGACUUUGUUGAAGAAGGAAAAUAAUGUGAACGUGUUGCAAAGACAUCAAAAACAGUUUCCCGAAUGGUUUAAAGAUCGUAUGACAACUUUAUGGGCCAAAAAGUCACCCGAAGCUACUCAGGAGUUAUACUCAUUAGCAUGGGGAUUUGAUUUUCGUGCAAAUUCAUAUUCUGUUUGCAAUGUUAAUGGAGUGCGCUUCCACACUAGUCAAAGGGAAGUUCGCCGGACAACCCAAAAUAGUGGUUUGGUAGUUGAUAGUGAACAUGAUGGUUCGGCAAUGGAAUUUUACGGUACUGUAAGCGAUGUUAUCGAGUUAGAGUAUACGCUGGGUUCGCGUUGUGUUAUUUAA